AUGGCGUUCCUCUUCAUCAAGCAGAAGCUCUUCUCAACACGGGAAUCAGACAAGCUACCCGCAGGGAAACAACGCCUUCUAGCUCGCGUCGACGACGAUGAGACCAUCCGCGGCGACUCUGACCAAGACCUCGAAGCUCAGAGCUGUCGAUCCUAUAACACAUUCGGCAACGCCAGCCAGGACGAGUCCACAACCAGCGGCAGCAGCACUCGCUCAAGAAUUAACCCGCGUAUCGUCUCGGAUGCCAUCCUCGGUCUCUCAGAUGGACUCACAGUACCCUUCGCCCUGAGCGCUGGUCUUUCGGCUUUGGGAAACACAAAAGUUGUUGUUCUGGGUGGACUGGCCGAGCUAGCAGCCGGAGCCAUCUCCAUGGGAUUAGGAGGAUACGUCGGUGCCAAGAGUGAAGCUGAAUCAUACGAAACAACCAUCCGCGAAACACAACAAUUAAUCGAGAACGACCCGCAAGAAACUAGCUCUAUGGUCCGCGAGACUUUCGCCCCAUACGGUCUCUCAGACACAGCUAUCGAGGAUAUUACACGCGACCUGCAUGCCUCGCAAGACCGACUCUGCGAGUUCCUGCUUACAUUCCACCACCGCGAGACAGAGCCUGACUGCAACCAAGCCUGGAUCUCGGCCAUCACCCUUGCAGUGGGUUAUUUCAUUGGCGGGUUCAUUCCUCUCAUUCCGUACUUUAUCGUCUCGCAGGUUAUGGUUGCCUUGUACUGGAGUAUCGGUGUGAUGGCCAUUACCCUGCUGGUGUUUGGAUAUGUCAAGACCUGCGUCGUGCGCGGUUGGUCUGGGCGUGAAAAUGUUGUCGCUGGUGUAUGGGGUGGAGUUCAGAUGUGUUGCGUUGGUGGUAUUGCUGCCGGUGCGGCGAUUGGGUUGGUGCGGUUGAUUGACACGGGCAGUUCUUGA